CACUUUCUUGAAGUGUCAUUUUAAAUUUUAUACAAUCUGUAUAUGAAGUACGGCGACCAUCGCAGGGAAGUAGAGUGCAUAUUUCAGACACGAUGAGUGGGGAAUACUAUUCAAAUGGUGAAGUGGGUGAAUGUUCAAAUUUUCGUGAUGACUACAAUUUGCAAACCAAUCGUACUAACCACGCGGACAGGCGCAAUUGCGACGGCGAUGAUGGAACCUGCACCAAGAGGAGUCAGGAUUACCAACUACAUGACAUUGAAGAACAGCUGGAACUCGCCGAGAAUCGGUGCAACACCUUGAAGGGCCAGCUGGAGUUCAUGAAAAAGAAUUACCAAAGAAGCAGCUCCGGGGAGUUAGGGAGUGGUACGUCCAAGUGGAAAAACAGGAAGCGCCCGGUUUCCACGCACCCGGCAAAAAAUCAGUUUGAGCUGGGUAAUGCGGCGGAACGUGGAGGCGCCCUUUACGACACGGUUUCAGAUACCUACGAGAACCUGGAUGUUUAUCCGCGUCGUUCGAGCUCCUCCUUCCCGUUGCAAAGCGAAUCUCCUGCGAAGUCGGCUCUUGUGCGUCAAAAUUCGACGUCCAUCGGUACGGAUCACACCGGCGCCGCCGUUCGAACCAUCAAUAACAUCCUCUCGGGCAUUACGAAUUCGGUCAACGGAGCUACUCAGUCCAAUGGGCUGCCAUUCCUGAACGAUAUCGGUGCAACCUGCGCCAUACCUGGGGGGCCUUUCAGUCCGCGCCUCAAGAAGCGCCUCCAAGAGCAACAGAAGCGCGUCGACCGAUUAGUGCAGGACGCUCGAUUUUCCUCAGUAAACGACGUUAAAGGGUGCAGCGUCGAGGAAAUCUCCGGGGAGGAUACCCAAGAUGCCCCCCUUGAUAAGUGGGCUAAGUCCGUGACGAGCCAAAUGAAAAAUAAAGCCCAAGGCUCCUCAGGCACAAUUAACCUACCGAAAUUCGCAAAAUCAAGACAGAUGGAUGACGAUUUGAGGAAGCGGAGGCGCUCGAUCAAAAGGCUGAAGCCCGUCUCGAAGCUGUCGAUCAUCAAAAAACUGAGCGACUCCGAAGCGGGCAAGCAGAUAAACAAGUUGAGCGGCGAAAACCUGGUGGAAAUUUACCACAACCUCGCCGCUAAGUCAAGCGAGUCCGACGACAGUCACAAGGCGCACCAGCACGCAAGACAAGGAGCCGGUGAUCUACCAAACAAAGCCACCGGCGGCGGCGCCCUAAGUCCGAUUCAGGAGAACGCAAUCGUGCGAUCGGAUUACUUCAAGCACGUCCCCAGAAACUACGAGCAGCAGACGGUCGCAUCCAAGCUGAAGAGGGUCACGAAGAACUAUCUGCGCUCCUUUAACUACUUCAACUUCCGGUGCAUUCCCUUUUGCGCGGCCAAAUCCACGAGUCCGAGUCACAAUAUUGGCAUCAACAUUCAGCAGGUGAUGAGCAUUAUUAAAACGCGACAGCCAAUCACGGGUAUCUCGCCGACUCUCGCCCAUAACAUCAGCCUGGCCGCCGAGAAGCUGCAAGGAAGUCCGCUUUCGACUUUCGUCUCCAAUUUGAGCACGAGAAUCGGAAGCGGAACGUGUCCACUGACCAAGCACUCGCUCAACUACAACAAACUGCAGGAGAUGGCCAAGGCUAUACCUGAAGAGGAGGAGACUGUCGCAGAAAACCUCCCAGACGUAGAGGUGCCUCCCCCAGUACCGCCGAUUUGGACGUCGGAGCCGUCGACGGGUCGUUGCACUUGCGUGCCCAAGAACGGAGUACCAUUCCAGAAGGUCGUGAGCAGGUACCAGGUGUCCAACGCGAAUAAUCUCCACUCGAGCUCCAAGCUCAUAAAACCGGCACGACGACCAGAAGGAGUGACCUCCAAACAGCGCACUGCGGCCUGGGUAUCAACCACCACGCCUACGGAGAGCAAACCGUCCGGUGUCCCCGAGCAAAAUCACUUUGCCGGAAAUGAGAAGAGUCUCAAAACCGUGUUGAAAAAUCUUCACGACGAGUUCGACAGUUUAAACGCCAAGUACGAGACGCUGUCGAAGACCAGCACGAAUGCCGCCCCCGAAGUUCUGAAACAGCUCGAGGAGAUGGACACGCAGUUGAAUCAAAAGGAGGAGGAAAUCAAGAUGGUGAUGUCCCUGUGCACGGAGGUGAUGGCGCUGAAGGACCAAGUGAAGAAGCUUAAGGAGCGCGCCUCGUGCGAGGCGCUCUCGGAAUGCAAGGCGUCGGACCCGAAGAAGGAGCCGAACGCCGCGUUGCACCUGACCCAGCUCUUGCGCCAGAUUCAGAAUUAUCAGAAGCAGUUCCAGGGCAAAGACUGAAAUAGUAAAAUUGACUGUGAAUACUCAAGUAUUUAAUAUAC